AUGGACAUUGUCCCUAUUAAGCCAAUUACCCUAUCAAGCAAUUACAGAAAAAAUAUACUAAUCGACAUCAAAAGUUUUGCUCAUAAAAGAUGUCUUACUGAACAGAAAGAAACAACUAUUUCAACUAACAAUGAGCUUGAAAGCAGUCAAAGCAUACUAGUACAAAAUGAAGUUGGCACACUAGAUUACAGUUUGGUUAAACCUCUCUCAACAGACAAACAUAGCAGUUCAAAAAGUGAAAACA